UUGAACAUUUACUUCAGAUUUGUGAGCUUUUGCUGUUCUUCCUUGAUUUUUAAACAUUUUUAUACUGAAAUGAGUGCAGGUCUACCUCGGAGAAUAAUCAAGGAAACUCAGCGUUUAGUGGCAGAACCGGUCCCGGGGAUAAAAGCUGAACCACACGAGGAAAAUGCAAGAUACUUUAAAGUCAUUAUAGAUGGACCUAAAGAUACCGCAUAUGAUGGAGGGGAAUUCCAGUUAGAGCUAUUUCUCCCAGAAGAGUAUCCCAUGGCGGCGCCGAAAGUCCGAUUUAUGACAAAAAUUUAUCACCCAAACGUAGACAAGCUUGGUCGAAUCUGCCUGGAUAUUCUGAAAGAUAAAUGGAGUCCAGCUCUUCAGAUCCGCACAGUACUGUUAUCAAUUCAAGCACUGUUAAGUGCACCUAACCCAGACGAUCCUUUGGCUAAUGAUGUAGCUGAGCUGUGGAAAAUAGAUGAAGAGAAAGCAAUAAAAAAUGCCAAAGAGUGGACAAGAUUGUAUGCGAAAGCGAAAUAGUGAUCCAUAAGUUGGAUAUUUGUGUGCAUGUGAUUUGUGGAAAUGUGCAUCUGGUUUAUGUAAAGACUUCUGUAUCAGCAGCAGCAGUGCUUCUUUUGUAAUAUAUUACUUGCUCCCAGAUAUACCAAUCAUGUGAGUGUACUGUAUUGUAAGUUCUUGAAUGUUUGAUAUCGCUGAGUGACUAGUGAUGGUUAUGUACACCAAAUUGUUUUGAUCAAGUGACCAUGACGUCAAUCGUAGAUGGGGAAACAAACUUUGAGAGGACAAUUCUGCUAGAGAUGUUGCUACCGGUACAUGUCAAAGCAGCAUUGAGCCUCUGGGACACAAUGAUUGUGGUACUGUUUGAUUGUGAAGUAACACUCAGAAGUUCUUUAAGUGGUUGGGCAAAAAUUUUGCCAGAAAAACACAAUUUGUUCCCCAGCUUCUAGUAAUAGUAAAUGUAGCCAGCAUUUCUGAGCCUUGGGGCAGUUUUGCUAUCCAAUAAUAUGGUCUACACCACUUUUGAUUGUCACACCCAUCUUUUCACUAGUUAUAUAAUAAGAGGCCUUUUGGAACUGUUGGUCACUUGACUACUUGUAAAAGAUUUAACAUGUUACAAGAGCUACAUGUGAUUUCUUGAAAUGGAAAAACUAUUUUUUUUUUUUUAACAUUAGGCUGAAUGUCAGUUUUCAAGACUUGGACAUCUGAGAAAUUAGGAUGUUUUAUAUAGAAAUGACGAGGACAUGCAAUCUAAGAGCAUUUGCUUUAAUUAAUCCCUUAGACCUAAAAUACACUGGUGCUAUGUAACUGCUUACAUAAGAAACAGGGGUACGAGGACCAGUAGAUCACAAAGGAUAGAUUUUAUGGCAGUUUUUAAAUUUCACAAAGAUUUGUAAAGAAAAGUGUUAGAGUGCAAUUAGAUGGCAAGGCUUGUCCCUCUCACAAAAAUCCUUCUAAUUCUUACAACUAUAAAAAUAGCAUCUCUUUGGAGAAACAUGUAUAAGCCAGAAAAAAGUCUGUUAGCUAGCUUGUUUCUUUACUCUGUUUCUAUUGCUGUCGUUCUCCAAAGUGGUUUUGUUUUGUGUUCAUGAAAAUUACUGGUAAGCUCACGUGACCAACUAGUGUUGCAAAAGGCCUAUGAUUGGCAUUGUCUCCUUGCCAGUUGAUCCUGAAGUUUGUAGCUUAUUCAUUGUUUGUUAAUGCUAAUAUUAUAGUCCAUGAAUCCUGGCAAUAUUUCCAAGGCUUUCAAAGAAAAAAAAAUCCAGUGGAUUGCUAGUGAUUUCUAUAUAAUAUUGAAGAUCAGUAAGAACCAAGGAGAACUUUAGAAGACUAAUACAUGUAUGUGUAAAUGUGAGGUUUAUUAAAAAAGAUGGAGGGGCUUGAAAGUCUCCCAGAAUCAAGUGAAACGA